GUCAAUACAAUAUGGCUGUGUCUGAGCGUUCUGGGGUUGUUCGUGAUGAACAAACAGGAGAGUUGUUGAUCCCUGGGAGUCGACGACCUGAUGGAUCCUGGAGGAAGCCCAGGAGAGUGAAGGAAGGAUAUGUUCCGCAGGAGGAAGUACCAGUGUAUGAGAACAAGGGGGUCCAGUGGAUGAAGAGUCGCCCAGACCAUCCAAUAGGCUUGUGCCCAGAUGAUGUGGAGAAGCAUCAGCAUGCCAAGGAUGGCGAACUGCCUCAAGCUCCAAUGUCCAAAGCAGCCAAGAAAAAUGCCAAAAAACGAGAACGAAAAAAAAUGUUGGAACAGCAGAAAGUUGAUGAAGUUUUGAACUGUGUAGAAGACAUUCAUAUUGCUCCAAGUUCUCCCUCCAACUCAGCUGAAAUACCGAAAGAGAAAGACUCUAAAUCCAGUUCCAAACCUAGCAAAAUAUCAGAGAAGUCCACAACGAAAACCGGACAACAAGACAAUAAGGUCCAAGUGGAGUCAGCGCCUGCGACAGAACAGUCCAGUACUGCUACAGACACAGUGAAGAAGAUCAGGAACCUGAAGAAGAAGCUGAAACAAAUCCAAGAGCUUGAGGUCAAGGCCAAAGGUGGCACGGAGCUGAGUCCAGAACAGAAAGAGAAGCUGACAAGGAAAGAAAUACUUGAAGAGGAGCUGAGGGCACUGGAAGCGGCGUCAUGACAACCAGUCGCUGCUGAAGGGAAACGGUCAAGAUAGGAUUAGGACAAAUAGAAUUUGGAUUAUUACAAUAAGGGUUUGGAUAAUGACAAUCAAAGUUACAAGCUGAUAAGUCUCAUGACCUUGUUUAUUUCUUGAUUAUUGAGUUGAAAAAAUAUACAACCUUUUGGUCCAAGUUGAAAUGAGAAUAACAUUUAAAAAUCAAUAAAUGAUCUGUUGAAAGAACUCAGAAAUGAAAUGAACGAAAUUAAUAAUGCAGGUCUUGUAAAGAUGAGUCAAAGCACAACUACGUGUGUUCUGCUACUUGGUAGUAUGUCUUUUACUACGAAGUGGGGUUAUGACUUUAAUGCUGUGAAUUAAGAGGCAUAUCAGUUUAAGAAAUAAUUUUAUUAUUUCACAGGCUAGCAUUUCUUAAACAUAGUAACUGUAGAUAUAUAUGGCAUGUAUAUCAAUGUUUAACUGUGACCUGCACAGACAUAACAUUGUUAACAAUUACCAGGGUGCUUCAUUGGUUAGACAACUAAGUAUGCAAUGUCAUUAAAAUCAGUUCCUUUACUCCGAUUCCUCUCCAUUAACAUCUUUUAAACCCUCCAUAAGAGGUUACAUCAGAUGAAGAUAUGAUUUUAAUGAGAUUGGCUAAAUAUGAUACUACCAACUCCUGUGAUCUCAAAACUAGAAGCGGGACACUGGUGGCCCAGUUGUCUAAGGCACUGUGCAGAGUUGCGUGCUCAUGGGUUUCCUAAAGUGGUAGACGCCCGAGACAUACAUCACUUCAGGCUUUCCUCCCACAUCACGCCGUGAUAUAACUGAAAUACUGUUCAAAGCCGUGUCAUACCAAACUCACUCAAAAAUAUAAUACAUGGUAAAUGGUUACUGUAAAUCUUGAAAUUAAUGCGAGCAUGAAUUAAAUGCGAAAAAUGUGAGUGGUCUUUGUUCACAUUUAUGAAACUUCGCAUUUAUGUCUCCAAAAUGACUAUCAACAAUAAGACAGCACACAGCACACUUUUGAUAGCUGAAAUACCAACUUGAAUAUAUUCACAAACACGGUUUAUUGAGCAGCAGUUGUAACAAGUACAUAACAAUUAACAUGUCAAUUAAAGAAUAGGAAUUGCACAAUAGACAUCCGAUGAGUUGCCACUGCUCGGGUCAAGAGUUUCAAACUAGGCAUCAUUGACCACUCCAGUCAUCGACCACUCCAGUCAUCGACCACUCCAAUCAGUGAACUGUUGUUGGUUCAGUUUUUUUAUUAGUUUUUUUAUUAUUGCCUUUGAACAUCCUUAAUGCCAGUCAGCAGAAUAAACAUAUAAACUGCUUGUUGUUUUUAGAAAAUUCAGUUUAUUGUUAUUACAGAAGUGUUUUACUCAGUGCUAAUAAGUGGUACCAUCUGCUGUUUGAUUGGAUUCAGGUAAGGAUAUGUAUCAUUCCAACGAGGAUGGGGUGGGGGGAGUCACAUUGAUCUUGAGUCGCAUUUUUAGAGUAGGGUCAGCAGUCGUAUAUAUUUGGAGACGCAUUUAUUUCAAGAUUUACAGUAUCUCCCCUUCGUCCAGCUCAGUCUUCAAAGAUCAUUUUUGUACAAUUAACUCAGUUCUUCAACAGAAAAAUAUUCUUCAUCUCAUUUAAAUGUAUAUCCCCAGUAUGGUUUAGCAUCUUGUUGCCAUAGUUACCAACAUUUUCCUUGAUGUGUAUUUUGAAAUUGAUAAACACAAACUGCAUUUCCUGAUAUUUCUUCCCACAGUGUCAACAGUGUACAAUACAGGAAAACUGUGGGUCUCUGGACACUGAUCAUCAGGGAGUCGCCUCCUAGGUAGCUAAUGUUGGAAAGAGGGUGUUCUUAAUGAACAAGUUGUAAAGAUUUUGUAAUGGCUUGCUUGUUGAUCACCUGGGUCUACUGUGGCUUCAUUGACUGUGAGAUACCAGGAGUUGACUCAGACAAGAAACUUACUCAUCAAGUCUUUGAAUGGCAUUUUAGAAACACAUCGGGAAGAGAAGUUAUGGAUGUCAUCUUUUAUAUGAGAAACAGAUUCGGAGUAUACUCAUCAUAAGGUGAAAAAAUGCUUGAUGGCAUUUAUUAGCCUGAUGAAGAAGUAAGUAUAUAUACACUGAAAAAUGGUUAUCCUCUAAAUAAUAAAGAAGUUGACAUCCAUAAAUUCUCUUCCUUUUAAACUUACUCAUGUUUCAUGCCAACUGAUAACAUAUAUGUGAAAAUGUCAGUGUGGCGAAAACAAUGGGUUUCAACAUGUUGCUUGUUUUCAGUGCACCCUUACGGACCAAUUCAGUGUUACUUCUGUCCAGGUACAGGUAGUUUAUUGGUCAAUGUAGCGUUACAUCCUGUAACCAUGGAAACAAUGCAAACUGAUAAAUCUAUGAGAUACGAGGCAAAAGAUUCCCAUGUCCAACGUAGUGUCCUUCAGCAACCCAUGCUUGUCCUGAAAGGCAACUAUGCUUGCCGUAAAAGGUGACUAUGCUAACGGGAUCGGGUGGUCAGGCUUGCUGACUUGGUUGAUGCAUGUCAUCGUAUCCCAAUUGCAAGGGUCGAAGCUCAUGAUGUCAAUCACUGGAUUGUCUAGUACAGACUUGAUUAUUUACAGACUGCUGUCAUAUAGCUGGAAUAUUGCUGAGUGUGGCGUUAAACAAGAAACAAAGAACAUUUACAAAAUAUGAAGUGGAAAUGGUGAAGCAUAGGUACAUGACGGGAGGGGAGGGGAGGGGGAAAUAUCCAAACCAGCUAAAUGUGCAAGAAGACAUACAUACGUAAUAUAAACUCAUGUUUUCUGCUUGAUAUAUGAUUAUCAUAUCAAUGUUCAUUUUGUUAUUUGAAUGAUGAGAUUUGGUUUUGUUAUAAAGAUAUUGUCAAAAGUAGUCCAAUAUGUAGGAUAGAUAUUUCAGCUAUCGAGUACGUUGUCCUACUGUAUGUCAGUCUGUCUUGUAGUUAACACAUUGAAAGCUCCAGAAUUCAUGUUGCCAGAGAAAAGUGGUUUCAAUCUUUGUUCUGUUGCAAAGUCAUGUUGGUCCUCAUUCAUUAAAACCAUCCAAGACACAAACUGUCAAUCAUGAAUUGAGAAGAAAUAAAACAUUUUUGCAA